AUGUAUGGGAAUUGGCAUGAAAUUGUUGGUGUUGUGACCAAAGCUGGGAAGAAUUUGGAGAAAUUCAAAGUAGGUGAUUGUGUAGGAGUUGGGGUCAUAGUAGGUUCCUGCAUGAAAUGUGAGACCUGCGACCAGGACUUAGAGAACUACUGCCCACGAACAAUAUUUACCUAUAACUCACUCGAUCACGACCGAACAAAAACUUAUGGUGGUUAUUCUGAUAUGAUUGUUGUUAACCAUCGCUAUAUGCUCCGCUUUCCAGAUAACUUAGCCCCCGAUGCGGGUGCACCACUUUUAUGUGCUGGGAUCAUUGUGUACAGUCCAACAAAAUAUUAUGGCAUGACUGAGCCUAGAAAGCAUUUGGGUGUGGCAGGACUUGGUGGGCUUGGUCAUGUGGCUGUGAAGAUUGGUAAGGCUUUUGGUUUGAAAGUGACUGUCAUCAGUUCCUCCCCAGGAAAGCAGGAUGAGGCUGUUAAGAGACUUGGAGCUGAUUCUUUUCUCCUCUCAAGUGACCCUACAAAAUUGAAGGUAAUCUAUAUUUGUUGA